GUCAGCUUCGCUUAGAGAGUGUACUUUGGGCUGUGUCAGUGUGUGUCUACCUACUCAGUCUCUCUCUGUCGGGCAGGUCGCGAAGCAGAGUGGGACAUGGCCAAGUGUGGAUCAUGCGGUCCUGGAUACAGGAGCCCCCGAGAGGCCAUGCAAGGCGCGAAGGAGGAGAUUGUCUAUGUGCCCUGCAUCUACAGGAACACUGCAGUUUGCAAACCGGACUACCUUGCCACCAUCGACGUUGACCCCAAGUCGCCCACCUACUCCCAGGUGAUCCACCGCAUGCCGAUGCCCCACCUUCGGGAUGAGCUCCAUCAUUCCGGCUGGAAUGCCUGCAGCAGCUGCCACGGGGAUCCUUCCAAACGCCGGAAUCGGCUGAUCCUGCCCUCGCUGAUCUCCUCUCGGAUCUAUGUGAUCGACGUGGGGACCGACCCAAGGGCCCCCCGGAUCUUCAAGGUCGUUGAACCGAGGGAUCUGUUUGAGAAGUGUCACCUGGCCAAUCCCCACACGUCUCACUGCCUGGCCAAUGGGGAGAUCAUGAUCAGCACCAUGGGUGAUCCCCAUGGCAACGGCAAAGGCGGAUUCGCCUUGCUGGACGGAGAAACGUUUGAGCUGAAGGGCAACUGGGAGCAGGAUGGGCACGCUGCCCCUUUCGGCUAUGACUUUUGGUACCAGCCUCGGCACAACGUCAUGAUCAGCACCGAGUGGGGAGCGCCCAAGGCUCUGAUCGAUGGCUUCAAGGUGGAGGAUGUCCAGGCUGGGCUCUACGGGCAGUGCCUACACAUCUGGGACUGGGCCAACCACACACGGGUACAGACCAUCGACCUCGGGCAAGAGGGGGCCAUUCCCCUGGAGAUCCGCUUCCUGCACGAGCCCUCUGCGGCUGAGGGCAUGGUCGGCUGUGCCCUCAACAGCUCCGUCUUCCGUUUCUACAAGACGGAGCAGGGAGACUGGGCAGCAGAAAAAGUCAUUGCUGUGCCAAGCAAGCGGGUAGAGGGCUGGAUCCUGCCGGAAAUGCCAGGCCUGAUCACAGACAUCCUCAUCUCCCUGGACGACCGCUUCCUGUAUUUCAGCAACUGGCUCCACGGAGAUAUCCGGCAGUACGAUAUCACGGAUACCCAGAAACCCCGACUGGUGGGUCAGAUUUUCAUUGGCGGUUGCCUGUUGAAGGGGGGACCCGUGAAGGUGUUGGAGGACAAAGAGCUAAAGGCACAGCCUGAGGCCUGUGUCGUUCAGGGCACACGGAUUUGGGGCGGCCCCCAGAUGAUCCAGUUGAGUUUGGACGGGAAGCGUCUCUACGUGACCACCUCGCUCUACAGCGGCUGGGACAGACAGUUCUACCCCAACCUCAUCAGGGAAGGGUCGGCCAUGCUGCGUGUGAACGUGGACACUGACAAGGGUGGCCUGAAAAUCGAUGAGACCUUCCUGGUGGACUUUGGAAAGGAGCCCGACGGACCCUCCCUCGCACACGAGGUGCGUUACCCCGGCGGCGACUGCAGUUCCGACAUUUGGCUGUAGGAGGGGUGGUGCCCCUGAGCAGCGGCCGAGCAUCCAUUGUGGAGGGGGUUGCCAUCUUGUGUUGGCGACCGGCGUCCAUCUUGUGUCCAAGUGGGCGUUCCAAAGCAGGGUUCCAAUUUCAAAAAGCAAUCAUUGCCUUCUCGAAUUAAUGAGUGUAGAUGUGUUAGAGACGAUUUCCCCUGGAACUGGUCCGCCCCCAAAUGCCCCUCGAGAAAGGAGCCCCGUCUUCCGGGAAUGGCAGACGAAAUGGGAGCGGGUGGACGUUCAGCCCCCUCGAUGCGCCCGCUCCUCCCCUACCAACCAUUAUCCCAGGCCUAUCCUCCUCCCUCAAGAUUCCUAACACACGCAAAACCAAAAUAAACUGCUGGAUUUUGGUUGGUGCGGGGAGAACGUGUUUCAGAUCGCCAAUGGAUCCUCUCCACCCUCUCCCUCCAAAUCCAUCCAUCCACCAUCUUGGGGAGGGAGAGGGUGUUGCAUGUGACAAAGGUUGAGUCGUCGUUGUCCUACCAGAGCAUUGGGUGCUCGCUCGUUAGAGAGAGAGAGAGAGAGAGAGAGAGAGAGACAACUUGUUGUCACCAACACGCCAGGCUGGGUGGAGUUAUCGAGUCAUAGAGAUGUACAGCACGGAAACAGACCCUUCGGUCCAAUUCCUCCGUGCCAACCAUAUGUCCCAACCCAGUCUAGUCCCACCUACCCGGCCCAGAUCCCUCCAAACCCUUCCUAUUCAUGUCCCCAUCCAGAUGCCUUUUAAAUGCUGCCAUUGUACCAGCCCCCACCACUUCCUCUGGCAGCUCGUUCCACACACGCACCACCCUCUAUGUGAGAAGUUGCCCCUCAGGUCCCUUUCCCCUCUCACCCUAAACCUAUGCCCCUCUAGUUCUGGACUCCCCGACCCCAGGGAAAUGACCUUGUCUAUUUACCCUAUCCAUGCCCCUCAUGAUUUUGUAAACCUCUGUAAGUUCACCCCUCAGCCUCCGACGCUCCAGGGAAAACAGCCCCAGCCUGUUCAGCCUCUCCCUGUAGCUCAAACCCUCCAACCCUGGCAACAUCCUUGUAAAUCUUUUCUGAACCCUUUCAAGUCUCACAACAUCUUUCCGAUAGGAAGGAGACCAGAAUUGCACGCAAUAUUCCAACAGUGGCCAAACCAAUGUCCUGUCCAGCCGCAACAUGACCUCCCAACUCCUGUACUCAAUACUCUGACCAAUAAAGGAAAGCAUACCAAACGCUGCCUUCACUAUCCUAUCUACCUGUGACUCCACUUUCAAGGAGCUAUGAACCUGCACUCCAAGGUCUUCGGGGGGGAGAAAUUGAGGAGGAGGGUCCUUCAUGGUAACCCUCAGACAAUGCUGGGAACUACCCUCCCCCAACCCCCGCACUGAUAGUUACCCCCGCUUCCCUUCCAUGACCCUCGCCUCCCUCCCUCCCUCCACCCAACCUGUCGGUCUUGCCCCCUCAGGACUCUCAAAAGCCCCCCACUUUCCAUUGGAGUCCCCCUGACUGAGCAGGCCGAACCCCAGCCAGCAGGCAAAACAAAACCCCACUAGGGCCCAGUUGCUAGGCAACAUUUUCAAAACAUAUGUAGAGAUAAGGCCCAGGGGGAAAGGAUUGCCUUAAAUGUUCACCCCUGUUCGUUUUGCUUUCUCAAGAAGAGGGCAGGCCGCUUUUGAAACAUUGGGGCUGUAGGCCUCAGGGCGGAGUGGGCCAGACAGCCUUGAGGUUGCUUCAAAUCGGGCCUGGCCCAGAUAGGCCUCAGUGACACCGGGCUGUGGGGUACGACGGGGACCAAGGGUGAGGGGCACAGCACCCGGCCGUGCGCUCCCACCUCCUGUGGUGGCGUCUGGGUUUAGCCAACCGGCAGAGGAUGAGACCACGGUGACACCAGAGAGACAGAGGCCCUCACAGGCAAGUGAAGCUGGGUUGUGUCAUGGCUGCCGAACUAGGCACUGACAUUUUGGCUUACUUUUCCUUGGCCACCUGUUGAUUUUCGUUUUAGGAAAACGAUGCCUGGCUCAUGUUGUUUUAUAUCUGAAAAGAAGGAGGCUUUGGCCUCCUGUUUGAGAGUCCAGGCCGUAGUCUAGUGGCGGUGGUGGGAGUUGGAGGAGAUUGUUGGGGGAGGCAGGAUGAUACAAUGGGCCGAAGGCAGGGAGAGUCCACAUUGAGCCCUAUGAACACAUGAGACCUUUCAGCCCCUCGAAACCGUUCUAGAUCCUUCCCCCCACUUCACCAAAAUGUUAAUAUUUUACCCCCUUUCCUCUGAACCUACGAUGGAAAAUCUCAAUGGGGUCGCCCCCUUCCAAAGGUCGUCCUGGGCACGUUGUCUCAACGGACCCUGGAGUCAACUCCUGCCCCCGACGGGUUUGAAUCCCACCGCGGCCCCUUCAGUGCAACUUCAAACCGGUGCCCAGUGACCAUCGCCCAUCGCGGUAAGAACGCUCGCCCCUCUCCCCCCACCCGACUCAAUGGGGUCACUCCACGGGAAAGGACCUUUCCCCGGACUGAGCCUACACGUGACUCCAGGCCCCAACACAGCUGCUCGACUCCAAACUGCCUCCCUGAAGGAACCCGGGGCUCUGUUCGAGGGGGGGGAUUAGGUGUGCUCUCACCUCCCGCGAAAGGACUAAUCAAUUCUCAGAAUAAUGUGUUUCUCUCGAUCCAGCCCAAGUGAAUGCUUCAAAUCGUCUCAAACCUCUCGAUUAGGUCACCCCCUCACCAUUAAAUUUGUGAGGACAAGCAAAUUUCGGAAAUGAACGACCUUUCAGUUCUGUUCUCUUGCUGAGACAAUAAUGCACUUCUCUAAGUGAAGGAUUUUUCCUGCUUUUUAACUGUUCAGCUAACACACCAACCUUUGAGAGCUUUAAAUACGGCAAUAUUUGAGGGUGUUCCCUGCACAGACUACAUCACAGCUUGAGAUCCUUUCCCUUCGUGAGAUUUUGCUCCACGUCUUGAUUUUCUCACCAAUAUUGUGAUUCUUCGAGCACACUGCACAGAUUUCCAAUCGCGCCCCUGCCUGUCGGAAUUCAAUUAAUCAGAGUCUGGAAAUAAACAAACAGCUUUCAAA